AUGUCAUCAAAUUCAGUUGCCAAAAUUGCCGAGUAUUUGAUUCUUUCAUUACCUCAAUCAACUCAUGCUCAUGAAUGGUUAGAACAAUCUUUAAACAAUGGGAAACAACCAUUAUACAAUUUAAAAAUUCCUGAUUUCCAAAGUGGUACUUUAGACUCAUUAGUUCAAGAAAGUGAAGAAUUAAAUAAGAUUGAUCAUCAAUUGGGUAGUUCUGUUAACAAAGUUGUAGAAAUUUUAAACAGUAUCAAUCCACAAACCAGCUCCGGGAGCUCAUCAUCAUCAUCACGAAUUGUUCAAUCAAGAUCGAUAUUUGAUUAUAUUGAGAAUUUCCAAUGGAAUAGUUCGAAAUAUCGUUUAGAUAAACCAAUCAGUCAAUUAGUGAAAAUGAUUUCUCAAGAAGCAAUUACUUUAGAUAAUGAUGUUCGUACAAGUUAUCAACUGUAUCAACUGGCCAAAUCCAAUUUUUUAGCAGCUGAUAGGAAAAAAAAUGGUGAUUUAUCAAUUAAAUCAUUACAUGAAAUUGUUAAACCAGAGCAAUUUGUAUUAGAUUCCGAACAUUUAACAACAAUUUUAAUUGCUGUUCCUAAUAAUUUAUUAGAUGAUUUCCAUAAAAAUUAUGAAACAUUAACUUCAUUUGUUAUUCCUCGAUCAGCAGAAUUGAUUGCUAAAGAUCAAGAAUUUCAUUUAUUUACCGUGACUUUAUUUAAAAAAUAUCAACAAGAAUUUAUUAAUAAUGCUCGAGAACAUAGAUGGCAUCCAAGAACUGAUUUCACUUAUAGUGAAGAAAUUUUAAAUGAAUUACGUAAGGAAUUUGAUUUAACUCAAGCUACGGAAUUAAAAUUGAAAAAUGAUUUGAUUAGAUUGACUAAAACAGCUUAUCUGGAUAUUAUGGCUAAUUGGUUUCAUAUUAAAAUUAUUAGAACUUAUGUUGAAGCCGUUUUAAAAUAUGGAUUGCCCCCACAAUUUGAUAAUUAUUUGAUUAAAUUUAAUGAAUCAAAUUUGAAAAAUGUUGAUAAAGCUAAAAAGGAAUUGAUUGCUAAAUUUAAUUAUCUUGGUGGUAAUGGUUAUACUACUGGUAAUAAUAAUAGUUCAAAUUUACAUGAAUACGCUUCAUUAGUUGAUACUGAAUAUCAACCAUUUGUUUUAUAUGAACUUGAAAUUGUUUAG